CGCGGCGCGCACACGGGCCUCGGCCGUGACACAGUUGCGCCGCCGGCCGCUAUAUAGCGCCACGCACGCUCCGCCGCCUCUGUCUGCAGACAUGAGCCGCGGCGCCAACUUCCUCCUGCUGCUCUCGCUGGCCGCCUCCGCCGCGGGCACAGCCAACGCCGCCGCCGCCACCGCUGCCUUCCCACCUGUUGGCGACCUCCCACGCUACCAGCCUGCUGAGAAUUCGUCGAUCGACGAGAUUUAUGACGACGUAUCGCAAGGUCAGGACAACGACGAUGAUGACAUACCAUUCCCGGAAAUACAGAACGAUUAUUCCGAAAAUAAGUGGUCAUUUACGCAAUGGUUCUUGAGCAUCGUGGGGCCAUUUGGAUUCUGGACCUCACCUGGGGGUACGGACGAUGUUGACCUCAAGCCGCCAGAACGCUGCGAACCGUGCUCUUGCGGUAUGGCAAACGAGCGCAGGCGCAUCGUGGGCGGCACGGUGACCAAGGUGAAGCAGUAUCCGUGGAUGGCGAUGCUCAUGUACGGCCGCACCUUCUACUGCGGCGGGUCGCUCAUCAGCGACAAGUACGUGCUCACCGCCGCACACUGCCUCUACGGUUUCGACCACCGACGCAUCCGCGUGCGGCUGUUGGAGCAUGACAGGGACAAGCCGUCGGAGACGGAGGUGAUCGAGCGUCGCGUCAUGAGGGUCCGCUUGCACCGGCGCUACGACUCGAGCAACUACAACAACGACAUCGCGCUCAUCCGGCUCAGCGAACCCGUCAAGAUAGAGGGAGACCUGAGGACCGUCUGCAUGCCCACCAAAGGCCACAGUUUCACUGGGGAGCAGGGUCUGGUAACAGGCUGGGGCGUAACAAAACCGUUGGGCCAGCCAUCAUCGCAGCUGCGUGAAGUGACAGUGCCCAUCAUGGCCAACUCAGAGUGCCGGAAGACUGCAUAUGGCCAGCAGCGCAUCACUGAAAACAUGAUGUGUGCUGGAUACCCAGAGGGCAAGAAGGAUUCCUGCCAGGGAGACAGUGGUGGUCCUCUACAUAUCAAGAAUGAUACACUGCAUCACCUCGUUGGAGUGGUGUCUUGGGGUGAAGGCUGUGCACAGCCAAAUUAUCCAGGAGUGUAUACUCGCGUCAAUAGAUACAUCACUUGGAUUACCAGGAACACAGUGGAUAGCUGUUUCUGCAGUUAAUAAGAAAAAGCUGCUACAAGAAUAUUUAACAUUACUACAAACAAUUAAUAACUGUAUCAAGCAAAAUAUGGUGCAUCCAAAUUGGAAAGACACAUGCAGCUUUAUGGUUAUGAUUUAUUUCCUUGUUAUUUUCAACAAAUAUUUUGCUUUCCAUAGAAAAUGAUGGCGAAUAAAUGAAAUAUCACAGUUACAUGUUUCAGUCUGCUGUAUGUUGCAUAAUAACAUAACUGUUGGAGAUAUGUAUUCACACUAUCCUUCAUGUUAAAGUGAAAUGUUAGCUUUGUAAAGUUCUGAAUCACAUUUCUGACAGUAUGUACAACAGAUAAAAAUGUUGGUAUUAGCAAAGCCUCAGCUGAUUCCUUCAUUUUAUUUAGAGUGAACUUGUGCUACCUGAAUAUUUAAUUAUACUCUCACUGAUGGGAUGAUUACCUUUGUUCUAGUCCACUUCAUCACACUAUAAUCACUUUGAAACUGCCUUUUCAGCAGAUGGUGAAAGCAGGCCUUAACCCUAGUAAUACCAAUGUAUUUUCCAUAAUGCACUGUACUGAGAAGGGCUGGAGGGGAGGGGCAUUACUUUAUACCUACCCCAAAAAAAUUAGGUGUUUGUAAUUGAUUUAUAUUAACAAUAUACUUUCUAAAUAGAUACUGAUGUAUAAGUAGGAUCCAGAACCAUAAAAAAUCAUUUAGUGCACCCUUGUAAUAUGGUCAUCAUUGUGAAAAGUGACAUCUACUACUACAACUUAAAUUUUUGGGUUAAGUUUAACCAAAAAAUUUAAAUAUUUAUGAAAUCUGGUAGAAGAACUCAUUAACAUUAAUAUUUUUUUUCAAAAUUUUAAACUAUAAAGUAAUGAAUUAGAUUACACUACUUUCAAAAUAUGAGCAUAAUGUAUCCUCCUCCCCCCCCCCCCCCCCCCCCCCGCCUUCUUGUAUUAUGAGGGGUAAUCAUAAGUGACCAGAAAUAGUCAUGAUAAUGUAUAUGGUCCUCAAAUGGAUAAACUAUUGUAUGGAGCAUAUCUUUAAAAAUGCGAGUAAAAAAGAUUGUUUCUUUAUCAUUUAUUGUGAUGUAUGUGCUGCCUCUGAGAGGAAGAUAGGCAUUUGUUGUGCAUAUUAGUAAAUAAAGGUAUAUUUUAUUCA